AUGGUGUCAGGUGAGGGUGCCAACCCCAUUAAGCCGGACAUUCAGGAGGGAGGUGUGCCACUCGUUCCCUGCUUGGCUCAGGAAGGUGUGCCACUUGUUCCCUACUUGACUCAGGAAGGUGUGCCACUCGUUCCCUACUUGGACCAGGAAGGUGUGCAACUCAAUCCCUACUUGACUCAGGAAGGUGUGCCACUUGUUCCCUACUUGACUCAGGAAGGUGUGCCACUCGUUCCCUACUUGGACCAGGAAGGUGUGCAACUCAAUCCCUACUUGACUCAGGAAGGUGUGCCACUUGUUCCCUACUUAAACCAGGGAGGUGUACCACUCAAUCCCUACUUGACUCAGAAAGGUGUGCCACUUGUUCCCUACUUGACUCAGGAAGGUGUGCCACUUGUUCCCUACUUGACUCAGAAAGGUGUGCCACUUGUUCCCUACUUAAACCAGGGAGGUGUACCACUCAAUCCCUACUUGACUCAGGAAGGUGUGCCACUCGUUCCCUACUUGACUCAGGAAGGUGUGCCACUUGUUCCCUACUUGACUAAGGAAGGUGUGCCACUCAUUCCCUGCUUGACUCAGGAAGGUGUGCCACUUGUUCCCUACUUGUCUCAGGAAGGUGUGCCAUUUGUUCCCUACUUGACUCAGGAAGGUGUGCCAUUUGUUCCCUACUUGACUCAGAAAGGUGUGCCACUUGUUCCCUACUUGACUCAGGAAGGUGUGCCACACGUUCCCUACUUGACUCCGGAAGGUGUGCCACACGUUCCCUACUUGACUAAGGAAGGUGUGCCACUUAUUCCCUGCUUGGCUCAAGAAGGUGUGCCACUUGUUCCCUACUUGACUCAGAAAGGUGUGCCACUUGUUCCCUACUUGACUCAGGAAGGUGUGCCACACGUUCCCUACUUGACUAAGGAAGGUGUGCCACACGUUCCCUACUUGGACCAGGAAGGUGUGCCACUCAAUCCCUACUUGACUCAGGAACGUGUGCCACUUGUUCCCUACUUGACUCAGAAAGCUGCCAGCCGUCGUCCUCCCAGACCCUCGCUUGGCGUGUUGGUCAGUCAGGUGACCAAAUUUGACGUCAUAGUGAACUUUGACACAUGUGGCGGUGGAUCCGGUAGACCGGAUGGUCAGCCCUGGCCCAAGACCUACGCCAUACCCCUGCAGUUCUUUCUAACUGGACCAUGCACCAGGUGA